AAACAGCCAGGAAUUUUAUAAUUAUUUGUCUGGUGUCUCUGUUAUCCUCUGGAUGAACUGAUAUUUAUUUAUUUAUUUAUUGUCUAUUUUCUCUCUUGGAGGCUAAAUUCUAUGUGGACAGAGACUUUGGCUGUAUUGUUACUUGCUGUAUAUCACCAGCAAGUGAGUAUCUAGAACUAGGCAUGGCAUAUAGUAGGUAUUCAAUAAAUAUUAGGCCAAAUGAAUAAAUAUUCAAGGAGGGGGAUUCAUGCAUUCAACUAAGUGACCUCUUGUGUUUUACAUUUUACAGACCUUUUAAUAUUUUAAAGGUACUUUUAUGCCAUUUAUAAGUCCCUUCAGGGCAGGGAUUUCUUUCCUAAUUAAUAAAUGCAAGUGUCAUGAGGUGUACUUAGAGUUUCUAGAACACGUUCAUAAGCAUUAUUAAGUAAUAAAAAUGAGAUAACUGGCUUUUACCCAUCUGUAAAAUCUCAGCUCUGGUAUUUGCUCUGUAGAGCUUCUGUUCAUAACCUUACUAAAAUAUCGCAUCACCUCAUUUUAUUCUCUUCAAGUAUUUAUCAUUUAUUACUUUGCUUAUUUCUUUAUGUCUCAUGGUACAUCAGAAUAUAAAUUCCAUGAGGACAGGUUCCCCUAUCAUUACUGCCUAGCACAUAAAGGACACUAAAUAAAUACCUGUUGAAUAACUGAAAACAUUCAAAGUAUAAUUUUGUAUAAAGUAUAAUCAUAAAACAUGCAUACAUUAGUUAUUAAUCUUCACAAUAGUCUCUGACCCUAAGUAUGAACUAGAUUUCCCUGUUCUACAUUCUCAAGGCAACAGGUACUACCUCAUUAAUUUAAUAUCUCUAGACUGAAAAAUGCCAUGAACUUAGGAACACUGUCUGUCUUGUUACCCUAACAUUUAAUACAGUUCUUCUUAUCUAAAAGGAAUUUAAAUAUUUAUCAAAUGAAGAAUCUUGUGAGACAGGUAUUAUCUCCAUCUUUUAGAUGGAUAAACUGAGGCUUGGAAGGAUUAAGUAAUUUACCCAACAUAGUUAGCUAUAGAAACAAGACUUUUACCAACAUCCUUUGAUUCCCAAUAUUACAUUCUCUCAACUAUACUAGUAGUUCCUAGACAUAGGUGUGUAAAUCAGAGUAACCUAGGGAAUCUUCAAAAAUACAUAUUCUCAGAAUACUUAGAGCCUACUGAAUGAGAACUUCUGAAAAUAAGGCCCAGAACUCUUUAUAAAGAAAUGAGAAAAACUAUGAGUAUCAUUUGGGAAUUAAUGAUUUGUAAUAGGGGCUUGGCAAACUGCUAUUUGGAAGCAAAUCUAGCCUUCUACCUAUUUGUGUAAAUAAAGUUUUAGUGGAACACAGUCAUGCUCAUUAAUUUAUAUAUUGUCUAUGACUGCUUUCAUACUACAGUGGAGUUGAGUAUUAUGGCCCAUAAAACAUAAAAUUAUUUAUCUUGUCCUUUAAGAGAGUUUGCCAGCUCCUAAUCUACAUGUUGCUGCCUGUCCUAUUUUUUUGUGAUUAUUUUAGCACUUGGGGCUAUGGUAGAUAUAUGAUGUCUGGCUUCAUGAUGGGCAUUGUAGUAGGUAUUCAAGUAUUCUUACUCAGUCAAUAAAAAUUACUUCUCAGUUUUCCUGAUAACAAGAGACUAAGCCUUAGAAAGCCCAACCAGUCAAACAGAAGGUAAACGCUAAUCUAGAUAUGAUUCAAGCCAGUCAUCUUUCACAAUGUGAUAGACUUCUUUAAACAAAAAGAUUCCUUUUAAUUCAGUUAGUAAUAGGAUGUUUUCCUAAGUAGUGGAAAGUCUGAGAUUUCUAGCCUAUGUGCAUUACAGCAUACAGAUUGAUUACCGUGGUCGAAAUGUGUAGUAGAGAACUGUAAUUAAUACCCUAAUUAUUGUGGUACCCCUGAUGCUACCAUAAUUCUUAAAACCAAAGUCUCUUGGGUGCUUUUGAUCAGAAUUCAAGCCAAUAUGAGCAAUUGCCUUGGACCAGCCCAACCUCUAGACCUUUGCUGCCGGUUAAAAUAGCUAUUAGCCAUGUGUAGGUGUUUAAAUUCAAAAUAAUUAGAAUUAAAUACAAUUUAAAAUAGUGUUCUUUACUCUAGCCACAUUGCAAAUGUUCAGUAGUUACAUGUAGUUCAUAGCUACCUUAUUGGAUAGCACAGAUAAAAAAUGUUUCAGUCAAUACAGAAAGUUAUUGGGCAGUGCUACUCUAGAUGCUAGAGUUUAAGAUGCUCAGUCCAGUGAAAUCUAAGACUUAACUAUAUGAUUUAAUCUUUCAUUUGUAAGGAUGGAACAAUAAUUUUUAAAAGUUUUCUUUUUCUAACAGCAAACAAUGAUGAAAUGUAUUCAGUCCAUACUUUAGGGCCCUCUCAGCCAGUAGCAAUUCUUCAUUAAAUUCUGAUAACCUCUUUAAAUCUUGACUUCAAGAAAUAUUUUCAUUUACCCUAUGAACUAACUGUCUACUCAUGAUUAUUAAUUAUCAGUGAGUUCAUGAAAGGGUUCAAAACUGACUGUGAUUUCUGGCCAAAUCUAUUAGGCUUAGUGAAGGAUGGUGGGAAAAGAACCAGUUUUAAAACAGAAGCUACAAAGUCAAUAGAGUGUAAAGUCUUGGCAUCAUCUUCGAGUGAUUUAGAUUUCAUCAUUCAGUGACUCAUUUUUAUUCUCAGCAUCUAGUGCUUUUUGCAUGGCCCAAAGGGGCCCUGUGCUGCUCCACUACAGAGGAAACUUCAAGAAAUGCUGGUUUGCUACAGUGUUUUAGCUUGUGAGAUUCUCUGGGACCUUCCCUGCUCCACCAUGGGGUCACCUCUAGGUCAUUUUACCUGGGACAAAUACCUAAAAGAAACAUGUUCAGUCCCAGCGCCUGUCCAUUGCUUCAAGCAGUCCUACACACCUCCAAGCAACGAGUUCAAGAUCAGCAUGAAAUUGGAAGCACAGGACCCCAGGAAUACCACAUCCACCUGUAUUGCCACAGUAGUUGGACUGACAGGUGCUCGCCUUCGCCUGCGCCUUGAUGGCAGUGACAACAAGAAUGAUUUCUGGCGGCUGGUUGACUCAGCUGAAAUCCAGCCUAUUGGGAACUGUGAAAAGAAUGGGGGUAUGCUACAGCCCCCUCUGGGAUUCCGGCUGAAUGCCUCCUCUUGGCCCAUGUUCCUUUUGAAGACUCUAAAUGGAGCAGAGAUGGCUCCUAUCAGGAUCUUCCACAAGGAGCCACCAUCGCCUUCCCACAACUUCUUCAAAAUGGGAAUGAAGCUAGAAGCUGUGGACAGGAAGAAUCCUCAUUUUAUUUGCCCUGCCACUAUUGGGGAGGUUCGGGGCUCAGAGGUGCUUGUCACUUUUGAUGGGUGGCGAGGGGCCUUUGACUACUGGUGCCGCUUCGACUCCCGGGACAUCUUCCCUGUGGGCUGGUGUUCCUUGACUGGAGACAACCUGCAGCCUCCUGGCACCAAAGUUGUGAUUCCAAAGAAUCCCUAUCCUGUGUCUGAUGUCAACACUGAGAAGCCCAGCAUCCACAGCAGUACCAAAACUCUCUUGGAGCAUCAAGCAGGGCAGAGGGGGCGAAAACCAGCAAGGAAACGGGGCCGGACACCCAAAACCCUAAUUCCCCACCCCAUCUCUGCCCCAUCCAAGUCAGCUGAACCUUUGAAAUUCCCAAAGAAGAGGGGUCCCAAACCUGGCAGUAAGAGGAAACCUCGGACUUUGGUGAACCCACCACCCACCUCACCAACAACCAGCACCCCUGAACCAGACACCAGCACUGUACCACAAGAUGCUGCCACCAUUCCCAGCUCAGCCAUGCAGGCCCCCACAGUUUGUAUCUACUUAAAUAAGAAUGGCAGCACAGGCCCCCACUUAGAUAAGAAGAAAGUCCAGCAACUCCCUGAUCAUUUUGGGCCAGCCCCUGCCUCUGUGGUGUUGCAACAGGCUGUCCAGGCUUGCAUCGACUGUGCUUAUCACCAGAAAACCGUCUUCAGCUUCCUCAAACAGGGCCACCGUGGUGAGGUUAUCUCAGCCAUGUUUGACCGGGAACAGCACACCCUCAACCUCCCAGCAGUCAACAGCAUCACCUACAUCCUCCGCUUCCUGGAGAAACUCUGCCACAACCUUCGUAGUGACAAUCUAUUUGGCAACCAGCCCUUUACACAGACUCACUUGUCACUCACUUCCACAGAGUACGGCCACAGCCACGACAGGUACCUACCAGGUAAAUCCUUUUUCCUAGGGAAUAGUCUAGCCCGGUCCUUAGAGCCACACUCAGACUCAAUGGACUCCACCUUGAAUCCCACCAACCUUGUCAGCACCUCUCAAAAUCAUCGAACUCCUGGGUACCGGCCCUUGCUGCCAUCCUGUAGCCUCCCACUGAGCACAGCCUCAGCAGUGCGCAGACUGUGCUCCAAGGGGUCGGACCGAUACUUGGAAAGCCGGGAUGCCUCUCGACUAAGUGGCCGGGACCCCUCCUCAUGGACAGUUGAGGAUGUGAUGCAGUUUGUCCGGGAAGCUGAUCCUCAGCUUGGACCCCAUGCUGACCUCUUUCGAAAACACGAAAUCGAUGGCAAGGCCUUGCUGCUGCUGCGCAGUGACAUGAUGAUGAAGUACAUGGGUCUGAAGCUGGGGCCCGCACUCAAGCUCUCCUACCACAUUGACCGGCUAAAGCAGGGCAAAUUUUGAACAGGGAGAUGCAGACUCAACAACUGAGUGGUCAAGCAGGUGGAGGCAUUCUUCUCCCAGGAAGGAGGGCCAUCAACCUCCUCCCAGUCACCUCAGUGGAGUUCUGGGCCGCCUCAGGACUCCAGGAGGCUGUAUAGAGCUACCAGUGCUACCCCAGCUACUGCGAUAUGUCCUUCCAUGAAGGACUGAGGAGGGGAGAGUGUGGUGCCCAGGGCUGGCACUGCUCUUCCCCUCAGCUCUAUGUGGCUCUGAGGUACCCCUCUAUUUAUUUCUCAAGCCUGGCUGGCCUCUCACCAGGAGUUUAGACUGAACACCUUCCAAGUGUUGGAAGAAGAGGCCAACGCUGGGACCUGGAAGACAGGGCCCUGAAUUGACGCUCACACCCAGGCCCCCAACCACCCCUGGGCUUGGUGUGGCACCCAUCUCCCCACAGCUCCUGCCUUCUUACCAGAUCCCCAGACUCUAAAUUCAUGGUGCAGACCUCUACCUUUAAAAAAAAAAAAAAAAAGCUCUUUUCUUACUGUUAAUUUAUUGUUUCUGGCACUUGGGCAAACCCUUCAGUUGACACUCUUCUCACACCAGACACUGGGUUUCAGGAAGAGGGAGACUGUUCUGCCCUAGUCCCCCAGAGGCCCCUUCCAUAUAUUCGUGGUCCCCUCUCAGAGGACACUGCUCUAGGGCCUUUUCUCUUUGGAGUGGACAUGUAAAGCCUUGACCACAUCACUCAGUAUGAAGAGGAAUAGGUCCCUGUCACCUGCCUCUCUCUUACCCCACUGGGACCUUUGUAGUCCCAGCCCUCAUUUGUGGGAAUGAGAGUCCUCUGCCCCAUAUUGUUGCCUACCAUAGCUCCUUUCUCUGGCCAUAAUUGCUGCCGAGGAAGAUGGGUCCAAUGAUUUUAGGCCAAGAAGUUCCUAAAGUGGAUAGGAGGGAAGGGUCUCCAGGCUGGAGUCAAUUCCAUCCACUCCACUGUGCAUAUGCUUCCUUGUAAGCAAGUCAGCAGUUCAGCUGUUCCUGCUGCCAUCUGGACUUAUUUUAUGUCAACUUGUUUAUAAAUAAAAACCAUUAUAGAUGCCA